CGAGGCUGGCCGCAUAUACGUCUUCCGCAAGAGCAUGAUCCCCCCUAUCCUGAUCAGUAUCGUGUCGCUCAUACAGUGCGUCGCGGCGGUGCUUCUCGCUUGCUCUUCGGUCGCACGAGAUGCCUGAUGGUUGCAGGCCCACGCGCUCGGCUGGCUCCCGCUCAUCAGCACGGAGGUUGUCGAGCGGUCGGUGCUUGACAACAAUCACAUCUUAACUGCUGUCGCUCGUUCAUACUUUGAUUAGAUGUGGCUCUCCGGCGGUGCGGUGGCUGAUAUUGCCAUUGCAGUCGUCUUCUGCUAGACUGUGCGUUGCUUCUGGGAGCAUCUCUGCCGUAUCCGGUAGAUCUAAUGUAUGACUGUGGCUCCUCACCCGUGAGCAACUCGCAGUUCCGCAAAUCCCACAACGUGAUCA